AUGUCUAAAUUUAUUUUUACAAUAAUUUAUAUUUUAUAUACUAUAUCAAUUAUUAAUGGUCAAGUAUUUGGACCAUUAUACACCAAGAAUUUAAUCGAUGGCGAUGGAGUUGCAGUGAAAGGAAUUUUCAAAGCCGAGUUUUCUCCAGACUAUGCACUUGACAAACCAUUGAAGAAUUUGGUAAUUCUCUCCAGUGACACCAAGUCUUCGAUUUUCAGAUCCACGGAUAAUACCAGCCCAUUGAGUAACCAAGCGAUUACUACCAGUUUGUAUACCAUGCCACAGUACAAUAAUCAAAACCAAGCUAUUGCCGUCUAUCCAAACUCUACCACCUUUUCCUCUGCAGUUUCAAUUACCGCUAUUAUUAAUUUCCAAAAUUGUAACAAAGGAAAUUGUAUUACUUCUAUUGAUAAUACUGGAGGAUCUGCCCCUAAAACAAAUCCAAUUCUAAGAUGGAUCUAUACCAAUAAUGCCUGGACCACUGUUUUUACAUUAUUUGGAAGAGGUGCAACAACAGGUAGCUUGAUGUUUUCUCCAUACUACUACCAAGCCAGUAACACCCAAUACUAUCCAACCAAUGAUCCAGCCAUCCUCCCAGUCUCCGUUCCACUUGGUGGUGAAGUAGAUUUUCUUGUGUAUGAUACCAUCACUGACCAAUUGUACUUAUCGGCCAUUGGAACCGUAACUGUAUAUAAAGCUUCAACCAAAACUGCAGUACAAACUUUUACUUUCGCCAACACGGGAUCCAAAACCGCUAUUGCCUACAACUCAACUUUAUAUGCCUGUACCACCAAUGGUGAUGGAACAGCCUAUAUUGAAAAAAUCAAUUUUGCCAAAAUUCAAAAAGAUACUUACACUCUUUCAAAUGAUGUUAGCUAUUGUUUGAAUAUGAAUUUCGAUAAGAAUUUCGGUCAGUUGUUUGUAUCUGUAGCCGAUAGCAACGGAAAUUUGGCACUCAUUACUAUGUCCGUCAUUGGUAUGAAUCCAACUAUCUUGAAGAUAAGUCCGAGUGAAGCAGUAAAUACCAACUCUCUCAGUUCCUAUUCUUAUGCUGUUGGUGUUGAUAAUGAUACCAAGAUUGUUAGUGUUGCCUCUGCUGCUGGAAAGUUAUAUUCUGUCCAAUACACCAAUCUCUGUCCAAAUCAAUGUUCCAAUCAUGGUGUCUGCAUAGAUGGUGUCUGCACUUGUCAAACAAACUGGUUCGGUUUAGAUUGCGGUGCUGGUAAGCCAAGCGUCACUUCUGGACAAUCCAACGCUGCUGGUUCAACUCAGAUCACUUACUACGGUACAACCUCAAUCACCUUGUCUGGUGAAAACUUUGCUAACACCACCAACUAUCAAAUCACAAUUUGUAAUCAAAAUUGCACCUCUAUGUCUUUCUCUAAUUCCUCUUCUAUCUCUUGUUCACUCUAUUUGGACGGUACUCAAAAUAUGUCUCCCCUUGCUACAUGUGAUGUUCUUGUCACUUUUAAUUCACUCUCUUCUGAUCCUGUCACUCUUUUCACUUUCGCUUCUCCCCUUUUCACUGGUGAAUAUACUCAAACCAACAAUAUAAUUACUUUGAAAGCCAGUCAAAUGUAUUCAGUUAUGUAUUUAGUUACUCUCUGGAAAUUGGUUAGAAUCCCUUUUUCUGUUACCCCCAACUCACUCUCCUUUACUCUUCCUCCUCUCUCAACAAACUCCAAAGUUCAAGUCACUUUCACUAAUGGACAAGUCUAUGCCGAUAUUAAUAUUGUUAUUAUGCCAAAUAUUGUUUCUGUUUCCCAUACAGUUAUCAAUACAAAUGCUGGACUUCUCUUGACAAUGUUGGGUGAUUUCUUUUUAGCCAACCCAGGUUAUAAGAUUAAAAUGGGUGAUGCUCUUAUGACUCCAAACAUUAUUUCAAUGUCUGAACUCACUUUUACUACUCCACAAGGUAUCCAAACCAACAAAACAAUUCGAGCAGUCGAUACCACCAAAAAUCUUUAUUCCAAUUUCAUUACCUUCCAAUAUACUCCACCAAAAUUCAGCGCUUUAUCAUUUAAUAAUACCGUUACCAAUAUAAUUACUAUUCAAGGAAAUAACUUUGGUAAUUCAUCAUCUCUCAUUAAUAUCACCGACACCCAAUCGAAUCCCCUCAACGCCACAAUUCUUUCUGUUAGUGACUAUGUUAUAACUGCCCAAUUGUCAUCAACAAUCUCUAAAGGAGUAUUCACUCUAGCAGUGGAUUCUCAAAUAGCCACCUCUCCAAUCAAGUUGAAUCUUCCACCUAGCAUCAUUUCUAUUGAAUCACCACCAGUCACCGGAGGUAACAUAACUAUUGUUGGAAACUAUCUUCAAUCAUCUUCUGUUAUCUUUUCCAGUGAAGAAUAUGAUGAAGAAUUUUUAGAUUGUAUAGAUAUAGGUUUAGAAAACUAUCCAGCAACUCGUGUUUGUGAAGUAUUUUCUGGAGUUGGUGAAUUUGAAGUCUUUGCUCAAUCAAUUUUUCAAGGUACUUUUUUUUCCUCAUCAAGUAAAAGCUCUAUAUACCAAGGUCCAACUAUCGAAGAUAUCAAUCCAAAAUUCUAUUUUGAAAACAAAACAGUUGAGUUCACUAUUACUGGUGACAACUUUGUCAAUUCUACUUUGGUAAUCACCGUCAACGACGAGGAAUGCGUUGCCACCGAUGUUACAACAACAAGCAUUACCUGUUCGAUCACUCCAUCCUCGGUUGCAAAGAAUGCUAUCAAUCCAGUUCCAGUAUUUGUUUCAGUUAAAGACCAAGGUGUAUUCAACAAUAAUACAUUGUCAUACUAUGAGAAAGAAUGUCUCAACAAUUGCUCUACUCAUGGUACUUGUAAUUACUCAACAGCCAUUUGCAAAUGUGAUGAUGGAUACCAAGGUACUGAUUGUUCUGAAUUGAUCCCAACCACAUCAACAACAUCAACAACUACCGCAACAACAACAGAUACAACAUCAACAACAACAACUGGACUUAACUCAUCCAAUCAUCUAACAAUCAAUAUUUUAAUCUCUAUAUUAUCAUUGAUUGCAAUAGUUCUAAUUCAAUAA